UGUCAUAUUAUGUCAAAUUUAAUGUCCUACUUUUAUUUUACGUGUUGAUGAACAUUGCUAAAAUAUGGGAGUGCAAAUAAUAAUAUCGGGAGAAUCUCAAUGCGAGUCCUUUGCGAAAAUAUGUGCAAUUGCUGACUAUCUAUCCCAAAAUCUACCUAAUUUUUGUUAUAGAAUAAUAGAGAAGUCUGUGUUAGAGUGGAAGACUUGGCUUUGUAAAAUAAACCUUAGAAAUAAAUGGCAUCACAACGAGUCUCCUUUAAUUUGGAAAGAGUUAUUAAUCGAAGGGAGCAAACCAUUUUACAUAGGAGGUGCUUCAGAGUUUUUAGAUUAUUGUUAUUCAUAUUAUAAAUUUGAAACGUAUAUUUCCUGCGAAAGAUUUGAAGGUCUUAUAGAUAAUUUUAAUCAAUUUAAGAAGAAAUUAAGAAAAGAAGGUAACAUUGAUGAUCAAGAAUCUAAAGGAUCUACAGAAGACUAUGCAAAAAAUAUAACUGUUUGUAUUUCGGGAGCAAGUCAUCCACUAACUAUGUACAUAAUAUCUGGUCUAUUAGAUAUGUCUCUUGGGCACAAGAGUAUUGCAAAAAUUUUUAUUUAUGACAAGGAAUAUUCCCAAACUUUUUUGGAAUAUGUGGAAACUGAAUGCAGCUAUGUGGGUAAUAAUUAUCCUGGUAAAGUCGUAAAAUACACAAACAAAAUGGGCAUGGCACUUGCAAGUUGCGAUUUAUUAAUUAUAAUGGAUUACGUACCGUUUAGUCUUGAUUUAUCUAUUGGAGAUUGGCUCGCUCUGAAUGCCCGCUGUCUUAAAAAAUUAGCACCGAUGAUAAAUGCUUCUGCCUCUCGAAAUAUGUAUAUAGUGUUACCCAAUCUAGGACCAGCUUGUUACAAUGCUACUAUACUGACGAAAGUACUAACAAGUAUUAAUAAAAAAAAUAUUGUCGUGGUAACUUCGGAUUUGGGCUUAGAAUUAGCACCCAUUGCUGCAGAAGUAGCUGAAGUAGAGAUGAAAAACAUGUUUUGUCCGCCCGUUUGGGGAUUCGUAGGAAUAAACCAUCUUGUAGAUAUUCGAAAUACUAUUCAUAAGUAUAAUGUUUUUCAACCAUAUAAUAGAUAUGUCAAAGUUAGGAAAUCUUCGUUGUGUGUUGGAGUUCUAACUCCCGAAUUUAGAACGCUGGAUUAUCUAUUGCAUUUUAAAGAAAAUUUAUGGACGAAGUUGUUGGAAGCCAAAAAAAAAGCUAAUAACGAAGAGUUAUCGAUUAAUAAAGCUAUAUCAUUACUGAAAUUUGUUCAAGUAUGGCUCUCUGGUCCAAAUUCGGAUGACAUUCUUUCUUUGGGGGUAGUAUGCAAUGGAUCUUUUGGGUUAUCCUUUGACGGGGUUUUUUCCCAACCGGUGAAAUUCACCGGUGGGUUUUGGCAACCAGCGGUUGAUUAUCUAAUGCCAAUAGACCCGCACAUAAAUAUUUUAUAUCUGGAAGAAAUAGCCAAAAAAAUUAUAUAUCUAAAGAAAUCGGAAUUACCAAAAAUUAAUUCUUAUUUUCCUUGCACAUGUCCUAAACAAAAUAAAUUAAUUGGUUUGGAACAAGAAAAACAUGAAGAGAAGAUAAAAGUUCAAGAAGAUAAGGUCCAAAAGUCAAUAAUUUUUACAGAGUAAAAUUGAAAUUGUUGGCAAC